AUGGAUUCGAAGAUAUCUGAGUCUUUGCCCGCUAAUGCAGAGAAGCAGCGCCAGCAGACGCUCCCCUCGGACGUGGAGAAGCAACAAUUACGGGGCGCGGAUGUGGAGAAAGCACCGAGCGUACAUCCCUCCGCCAAGACCAUUGACGCGUUCCGUGUCGAGCUUGACGCGUCAGAAGACCCAAAGCAGCUGCCAACCUUACGAAAAUGGGCCAUUGUCAUUGUGAUCAGCGUCUCCGCAUUGUGCACUGCAUUUGCUUCUUCAUGUGCAAGCUUCACGGAAGACGGAAUCGCGCGGGAUCUCCACACUGUGCGUGAAGUAGCGAUCCUCAGCAUUAGUCUGUUCGUCGAGGGUCUUGGGAUGGGACCCUUAGUUACAGGCCCACUAUCAGAGUUGUACGGCCGCAACAUCAUCUACCGCGUCUCGUACUUCCUUUUCUUCGUCUUUACAUGGCCGGUAGCCUUCCCUCCAAAUAUCGCCACCUUCCUCGUCUUCCGGUUUAUCACCGGCUUCUGCAGCUCCGCUUUCCUGUCCGUUGCUGGAGGAAGCGUGAGCGAUCUCUUCGAGAACCGCAAAGUUGCAUCGCCCAUGGCCAUAUAUACGAUCUCUCCCUUCUUGGGGCCCAUACUAGGACCUCUCGUCUCUGGAUUCAUAUGCCAGAACGUUGACUGGCGUUGGGUGUAUCGCGUCCUGCUCAUAUGGCAAUUCGCGAUGCUCAGUUUGCUUAUCUUGAUUGUUCCUGAAACAUAUGAGCCUGUUCUGCUCAAGAGGAAGGCAGCGAAGCUUCGGAAAACGACAGGCGACAACAAAUAUUGGGCUCCCCUCGACAAGCGCGAUAAGUCGAUCAGCCGCUCCAUUCUCGAGAGUAUCUACGUUCCGUUUGAGCUCCUUCUCUACGACCGGAUGGCGUUGCUCCUAGAUAUCUGGACGGCCUUGCUGCUGGGUAUCCUCUAUCUCGCCUUCCAAGCAUUCCCAAUCAUCUUCGAAGGCAAGCACGGAUUUAGCAUGCAACAGACCGGCCUGUCUUUCAUUGGCAUCGGUGUCGGCAUGAUCAUCGCUGUGGGGUGCCAGCCACUGUGGAACCGAUACAAUGCGCGGGUGCGUAAGAGGUACAACGGCAACCCGCCCCCCGAGGCAGGGCUCGUCGUAGGUCAAGUCGGCGGCAUCCUCGCGCCCAUCGGUCUCUUUUGGCUGGCGUUCACGACGUACCGCGGUGUGCCCUGGAUCGUGCCCAUCAUCGCCUCGGUCCCCUUCGGCACCGGCAUUGUCUUCAUCUUCACGUCUGUCUUCACGUACCUCGUCGUCGCAUACCGCCCGAUCGCCGCCAGCGCCAUGGCCAGCAAUAGCGCACUGCGCAGUACGUUCGCGGCGGUGUUCCCGCUGUUUGCGGGGCAGAUGUACGAUCGCCUCGGGACCGUUGGGGCUACUGCGUUGCUCGCAGGUCUCACGACACUCAUGGCACCUCUACCGUUUAUCUACUACAGAAUUGGUCACAGGCUGAGGCAACAGUCCCGCUUCGCCGUGAAAACCUAA